AUGCCAUCCAACGAAUCCCUUCACGAUGUGACUAUCAAUAUAGACCCCGGUCAAUAUGCAUUCAAGGAGCGUAAGCUCCGAGUCGUCUGCAUAGGGGCCGGUUUCUCCGGCCUAAUCCUCGCUCAUAAACUGAAACAUGAGGAUCCGCUUGAUUUUGUGCAUUUUACCAUCUAUGAAAAGAAUUGUGAAGUUGGAGGCGCAUGGCUCGAGAAUGUUUAUCCGGGUGUUGGAUGCGAUGUUCCUGCCCACAGCUAUGUCUUCCCAUUCGAGCCAAAUCCGAACUGGUCCAAGUGCUAUGCUGGUGGUGCCGAGAUUGAGAAAUACAUUGUCGACACUGUAGACAAGUAUGGAUUGAAAGAUCCGAUCGUGUUUGAUACUAAGCUCGUCAAGUCCAUUUGGAAUGAGGAGCGAGGAAAAUGGGUGCUCGAGCUCAAACAGAAUGACAAGGCUAUACAUGAUGAAGCGGACAUUCUCAUCAAUGGUUCUGGUAUUCUCAAUCAGUGGAAAAUGCCGAACAUCGUCGGUUUGGAUCAGUUUGCUGGCAAGCUUGUUCACACGGCUGCUUGGGACAAGACGUAUGACUGGACUGGGAAGAAUAUUGCUCCCAAGGCCGCAAGGAUUGUCAACUAUAUUCGUCAUCCGACCUGGGCGUCGGUCAAUCUCUGUCCCGACAUCACGAAGGAUGGAAGUGGAACAAACUUCGAAUAUAGCGAGGAGGAGAAAGCGAAGUUCCGAGAAUAUCCCCAGUCAUUCCUGGACUACAGGAAACGAGUUGACUGCUCUGUCAACACCGUCUACCGACUGACGUUAUCUGGCUCGGAGCACAAUCAAAUGCUAUUUGACGCGAUUUUGGGGCUUAUGCGCCAGCGUCUGAGUGAGAAUCCCGACCUGAUUGACAAACUUAUCCCGAAGUUCGAAAUUGGAUGUCGCAGACUGAGUCCUGGUGAUGGAUAUCUCGAAGCGCUGCAGCAACCAAAUGCUGAAUGGUGCUUUGAAGGAAUUGAGGAGUUUACCAAGACCGACAUUCGCACGGCAGCGGGUGAAGAGGAGUUUGACUUGAUUGUCUGCCCAACUGGCUUUGAUACCACAAUCAUUCCCGGGUGGGAGCUGGUGGCUCGAGAGGGUGGACGGUUUGAUGUGGAGUGGAAGAAGACACCCGAGGCAUACUUCUCUAUUUGUGCCGGAGGAAUACCAAACUACUUUAUGUUCAAUGGACCCAACUGUCCCAUUGGCCAGGGCAGCGUACCCCAGAUGAUCAGUUGGACUGCUGAUUACAUGCUGAAAUAG